AUGGGCUGCUGCUGCGGUUCCAAACAAAAGCUGGUCCCAGAAAUUGUCUGGCAAGCUGCGCGGCCGGAGCAGGAGGAGCACCAGGCCUGCCAUCCCGGGCUGUUCAAGUACAAGCCAGUUCCGAUGGAGGUCCGCGUAAAUGUGGACAAGAUCUUGGAGAUCGACCAGCUCAAGGAGACCUUUAAGGCACAGGUCUUCUUUGAAGGCAAAGUCAGAAUACCGAAGGAACCCAAAGAGGAGUGCCAGGAGGUUUGCAAGUUCGUCGAAGGCCUCGUUGGGCAGAAGCUCUCGGUGGAAAAUGCAGUGGAACUCACGUCUGAGGGCAGCAAGUUUAGGGAGGACUCGGAGAAGGAGCAGAACCUCACCAAUCUUUAUGUGACGUGGCUCAUCGUGGGCGUUUUUGGAGAGUCGCUGGAACUGCAGCACUUUCCAUUUGACUGUCAAGAUUUUACUGUGACCCUGCGCUUCGGAACGCCCUACCGCGAAAACAAAAUGAACGUGAGGCUCGAGGACUCCAUGAAUUCGUGCGUUGUUCUCAACGUCUUCAACCUCGAGAACACUUGGUUUCGGCCGCAUCGGCUGAUCGUCAGAGCUGCCACGACAGAGCACCAGAGCAAUUCCAAGGGUCACAUCUUUCCUUUGUUGCAUGUCACGGUGCAGAUGCAGCGGAUACCUUGGUACUUUGUCUCGAACAUUGUGACGCCAAUGCUGAUGAUCGCUUUCAUGGGUGCAUGCUCCACUGUCAUCCCGUACCACAACAUGGGAGAGCGGCUGGGAGCUUCCCUUACUUUGGUAUUGACCGCCGUGGCUUACAAGUACAUCGUUGCGCAGAUGGUGCCGCAGAUCGGCUACAACACCUGGCUGGACUGGUAUGUCAUGUGUUGCUGGUGUUUCCUCUUCAUUAUUGUGCUGGAGAAUUGCAUCGCGGUCCACCUGUGGCACCGCAGUGAGCUCUGGAAGGCCAUCUAUAUCUAUUCGGCCUUCAUGCUUGUCAAUGCUAUCUUCUGCAUCUGGGCCAGGGUGGUCUAUUGGCGGCGUCCGAGCAAGUGCAGCCCGGAGGAGCAGACCGGUGGAUCGUACCAUUCGUGUCGCGAAGUCACACAUUGCUAUGCUGCGCUGGACUCUGAGGACUCUGACUCGGCCCAGUCGGACAAGUCAGAACGGGAAGUUUAA